AUGUCCACAUCCACAAAAACCCUCAAAGCAUCCUGCCACUGCCACGCCACCCAAUUCACAAUAACCCUCCCCGUCACCUCUCUUCCCCUAAAAAUCCACCUCUGCCACUGCACAAUCUGCCGCUACGUCCACGGCGCCCCCUGCUGCUUCCACAGCCCGCUCCCACCAGGCGUGGAUUUAGACUUCAUCGCGCCCUCCAGCAAAGAAAGUCUGACCUCGUACACGCACCCGUCGUUCCAAUCGCGGAAAUGGUUCUGCAAGACGUGUGGGUGUCACAUUGGGGAUAGUUCGUUGACGGGGGAUGUGUCGUGGACGAUUUCGACGGCGGUUUAUGAUGCGAAUGCUGGGGAGAAGGGUGUUUGGAGGUUUAAUAGUCAUAUGUGUCCUGGGUCUACGGGGGAUGGGGGGUUGUCUGGGGUUUUUGGGGAGGUGGAGGGUGUUAAAUUGGGGAUGUGGGAUGUUGAUUUGCCUGCGACUUCGACUGCGACUGCGACUGCUGGCAGAGAUGAUGCUGGUACUAGGAUUGCGACUGCUAUUCCUGCGGAAGAGUCUCAUGAAGACAAGCUCAAUACCAAACCCGACCCUGAAGACAAAUUACUCGCCCAAUGCCACUGUGGCGGCGUAUCCUUCCACAUCUCCCGCCCCCGCGAAUCCUUCAUCAACAGCCCCGCGAGUCAAAACUGGCUUUUCCCCCUCGACAAAACCCGGUGGCUCGCCAGUCUCGACGUCUGCGACGACUGCCGCCUAACGACAGGAACGAACGUGAUCGGGUGGAUGUUCGUGCCAACAGACCACAUUUCUCCAGCGCUGCCAUCAAACUUACUAGUUGGCACGUCCAAGGCGUAUCAUUCUACGGAGGACGUGGCACGGACGUUCUGCGGGACGUGCGGAGCGACGGUGUUUUACUGGUGUAAGGAGAGGCCGGAGAUUGUGGAUGUUGCGACGGGACUGUUGCGUGCGCCGGAGGGGGUUAUGGCGGAGAAAUGGGCCAUUUGGAGGGCUGGACGAUUGGGUUGGCCGGAGAAUGGAUUAAGGUAUCAUGAGGGGUUUACGAGGGCGUUGAUGGAGGGGAUGAAGAGGUGGGGGAAGGAGAGGGGGCAUCCUGAGGAGUUUGUGGUGCCAUAA